UUUCUCUCUUUUUUCCUCUCUUUUCUUCUUCCCCCUUUUUUCCUUUCUUCCCCCCUCAUGGUGUGCGAGUGUGCCCCAGCUUCUUGCCUACUCUAAAUAAACUUGCACAGCAGAUUUCUAUGUUUACCAACCCAUUUUCUUUUUUGUUAAUAACGAAAUACUCUUAGAAUGCUGCCGUCAAAUUAUAUUUGACUGCAUGCUCUGGAAUAAGGCACAAUAAUAGCGCCAUGUUGUGUGCGUUUUACUGUUUAUUGCGAAAUUAACAAAUGCUAUUGCCCCGAGCUGCCGCUGAGACAUAAAAAAAAAAAAGAAGAAACGUUGAGCAUGCCUAGUCUUGACUCAGGAUUCGAGUGGUCGAUGUUUCUGCAGGGCGAGACAGGAUGCAUAGAUUUGUGUGGGCGGGCGGGACUAGGCUAUACAGUAGCCUAUAUAAAACUCGUGGGAACUAAGGUUGAGAGGAGAGAGUGGAAGCAACUGAAUAGGCUAAGUCGUAAAGCGGUGUAACCUUGGUGCACAAGAUGCAGUCGGCUCUUUCUACCGAUGCCCUUUCUUCAGGCUCGGUGACCAACUUGAGACAAGAAGAGAUUGUCAUAGCUCUGUUAAGCCACUGUCGGUCCAUGAAGCGACAAGAGACGCGGUUUCGUUUAGCAACGGGUUUCAUGUUACUCGUGGGCUUCGUCGUAAUUUGUUUUCUCCCUCAUCUCAAACGAAUGAGUACAAGUGAUGAGGCUGGCAUGGGUGCACAGGGGGUAUCUCUUGCUCAAGCACAACAUGAUCCCCGACCAAAGCAAGAGCCUGGCUUUCGCCUGAUUCCUAUUAGACCCCAUCCGAAUAAUACUACACCCAUGCAGUGGAGGAACCCCACCAAUCGCCAGACCGUCAAGUCCCUGCGCAUUCCGACGGAUGGCUUAUACUUCGUGUCUCUGAGAAUGUCCUAUCGCAUACCAGACCAGUUUUGUGAGCAAGAAGGCGCUUUUGAGUACCUGAGCACUGUUGUCAUGAAGUCCAAGAAGACCUACCCAAAGGAUCAGAAGGUGGUCAGCUCCUUGGACACCAUGACCUGCACCUACCCAAACCACAAGUCCGUUUACACCGGCCGCUUUAUCCCGUUAACGGCGAACGACGAGUUGAAGGUCAUGGUGUACACAAAAUAUGAACUUAUUGACUGGUAUAGGGAUGGGGUGUCUUUUGACGUUUUUCUUUUCUAAUGUGUGGGCCAGAGGAUGAUAACUAAAAUAACCUUAUCAGGAAGUUGUGGUGGUGUGACAUCAUUCGGUGUCAAUCGAUGUAUGUCGUUAAGUGGCUCUGAACAUGUUAGUGGUAACAUGGUCACACACGUAUACACCCCAAGGGGAUUUAAACUUUUUUAGAAAUGUUCCCCUAUAAAGAACAAAUCUGAAUGAACCUGACACGUUUUAUGUUAAAACUAUCCCCUACAUGGAAAUUCAUGGCUCUAUUGAAUCGUUUUCUAAACACAGAUUGACCAGUAUGGAUUGGUUUUGAGAUCUUGUGGUUUGUUAGGUCAUUCCAAAGUGAUAACGUUAUUUUAUCUAUCUAUUUGACUAUGUGGUCCCUGGGCCAACUCAUUGUUGAGUACUAAUAAAGAAUGAAAGAGAGAAUGAAAUUCCUUCAAGUUGUGAUUUCUAAAGUUGAAUAUUGUGAUUAGGAGCAGCAUUACUUAAAGAUUGGGGC